GAGCAGGCUAAAAUUUGCGCCAGUUGCCCCCCAGUCAUCAAACGAUUGGGGCUUGAAAUCGGAAUUGAAAGUACCCGAUUUCCGGCGUUUGUUUACUUUUCCCAGAACCCAAACAAACCCAAGAACCGGCGACAAAAUGACGCAGAUGUCCGACGAACAGUUUCGCAUAUUUAUCGAAACCAUUAAAUCGCUGGGGCCGAUCAAAGAGGAGGAGCCGCCAUCCAAGGGUAGCUUCAACAACUGCACGGUGAGAUUCAGUGGCCAGCGGGAUCACGAUGCCGUCGACGAGUUCAUCAAUGCCGUGGAGACGUACAAGGAGGUGGAGGGCAUCAGCGACAAGGAUGCACUGAAGGGACUGCCGCUGCUCUUCAAAGGCAUUGCGGUGGUGUGGUGGAAGGGUGUGCGCCGGGAUGCCAAGACCUGGCCGGAUGCCCUGCAGCUGCUGCGCGAUCACUUCUCGCCCACCAAGCCCUCCUACCAGCUCUACAUGGAGAUCUUCGAGACGAAGCAGGUCUACGGCGAGGUGAUCGACUCAUUCGUCUGCAAGCAGCGAGCCCUCCUGGCCAAGUUGCCGGAGGGACGACACGACGAGGAGACGGAGCUGGACUUCAUCUACGGACUGAUGCAGCCCAAGUACCGGGAGAGCAUUCCCCGCCACGAGAUCAAGACCUUCCGGGAGCUACUCGAUCGGGGCCGUACCGUGGAGCGCACAAAGUACUGAAAAUAGUUAGGUUACUUAUGUAAAAUUUUU